AUGUUAAGAAGUGAAAGACCUUUUUCAGUAGGUUCGGUGAAGGAAGUAAAGCUGGAUUCACAGAAAUCACCUGAAGAGAAAAUUGUUGUUGAUAAAAAAGACCUCAAGAUAGAAACCGAGCUCGCAAUUAAAAAUUCUCGAUUAACACCAGCAACAUCAUCUGAACAACAUUCCGAGUUCUUACAUUUUAUAGCAAGGAAAGAACGUAAAGUUUUGGAAUUACGAGAAGAAUUAAAAAGACAUGAAGAGGAAUUACGAUUAUUAAAGAAACAAUGGGAAACUUAUUUUGCGAAAAAUAUUGAUGAAGCAAGUAAUAGUAAUUCACCUUCAUCACCAUCAUCAGCAUUUUCUUUUGCAAGUACUUCAGAAGAAGAAGGUAAGGGGUUUAUGGACGGUUUAAGUAAAGGAAUCGCAGGUGUUAUUGGUGGAAUACAGAAAGUGAAAGAAAGUGAAUUGUACGUAUUUAAUCUCGUUAGUCAUGGUACCAAAAUAACACAAGAAAAAUUGACACAGAUUAAAACCGUAGUUACAGAUGUUGCCAAUUCGCAAUCAAUUCAACAGACAAGACGUAAAACAGCUGAUAUUACAUCAAGUGCAUGGCAUAGUUUGAGCAAAGGACUUUCCUCUUUAGCAUCAUCUGAAACAAUUCAAAAUGCUAAGAAAAAAACUUUGGAAACAGUAAAUACAAUCAAUGAAGCAUUGAUAUCACCGAAUCCUUCAUCAGAAGAUUCAACAACAGCUACAACAAAAUCUAAAUUAAUUAUUACUGAUUCGCCAUCAGAAGAAAUCAAAGAUCCCAUAUUACAUGUUAUUGGAGAUGAUAUGAUAUAA